CAGUAGAUCGUGAACCCGGAAUCGAGCCGAAAUCGGAGUCGCAGCAUUACAACGGACAUGUUGUCCCUUGAUUGUGGUUGUCGACUCGCCACGAACGUCGUCGAUAUUCUUCGUUGACUCAGUAAGGUGAAUUGUCUCGCCUUCAAUUCUUAUCGUCGACAGAGAAUUAGUCACCGCUGAUGACAACCGGACUGGUUCCAGUCAGUGAUUGCCAGUGAACUAAGUUCCACGCGCUUCGGCUUGAGUCGGACGGAUUCCUCCACGCGCACCCGACUUGGUAUUGCGGACAGGGCGGCUUGGCUGACCUCAAAGGGUGUAAACUUGCGUUUACAACAAGUGCUUUCGCACAGCACAGGCUGAGCUAACCCACCUUUGUUAUAGUUGGCAAAAGUGAGAAGUAAUAAACAUUUGGCAGAAAGUUGCUGCGGCGACCUCAUGGAAAGCAGCAUGAUACAUAUGAAUGGUAAACGGAGAAUGUGCUGACAGAAAGAUCACGAGGAAUAAAAGUUUGCAAAACCCUGGUGUCGUGGGGCUCAAUAUCAAUGGAUGCGUCUUGGCGACGAUCUUCACCAUCACACAGUAAACGAGGAGAUAACAUCCAACUCGAGCAUUAGCUCGUUCAGAUUGAUAAGACCACGUUUGUCGAUGCACUGCAGUCUAGCCGCUUCUUGGCGACGAGCUAUCCACCGGAUUCAACGGGUAAAUUCGCUACUAGACGCUUUCAAGCACACAGGUUUUGCCAUCUCAGAGCACAGACGGAAAUAUUCUUCGACCGUAUCAACGAAAGUUAAUUAUCUUCGUGCUCGAGCUCGAUGGCAGCAGCCUCGGAGUCCAGGAGCAUUUUAUUCACGACCACGAAGAAUCGAUCGGUAGUUCUCUGCUAGAUCAUCAAAGCUAUGUAUUGAUACGAAUAAAUACUAAGUAAUGCAUCGUUUCGCUG